GUUUGCUGGCUUCGUCCCUUAAGGCCAAAGAAUUCUCUCCCCAGAAGGUGCUUCAGAUUUUUUCUUGCGUGUAGGGAACUUUUGGAAGAAAUUGCUGGUUUCGUAUAGUUUAAGAAGUGUUUCAAAGGGUUCCCGAAUGACUUGGUUUUCAGCCGGAACCUCCCUGACUGCUCCAGAUCUUUCUCGCUAUUACCAGAAUUUUCGCGAAGUCCCGGCACGUCUCCGACUAGCAGCGCUGUGAUUGGCCGCCGUCUCAGAACCUUCUCCAACCUUCGGCCGUGAGUCACUCGCCGGCGUUUUCAUUGGUUUACGGGUCGUCCCUCAAGAACAAAACACCGCCCACACCGCUGCGCUGGGACUAUAUUAAGGGACGAAGCAGCGGACCAGGCAGUAACGAUCGGCUUGGAGAAGCAAGGAAUUCCUUCCGGUAUUUCAAUACAGAACGUCGGAGCUUUCGUCAGAAACACAGAUGUCUGCAUCAACGGGGACAGCCAUCGGUAUCGACCUGGGCACCACCUACUCCUGUGUGGGGGUCUUCCAGCAUGGCAAAGUGGAGAUCAUCGCCAAUGACCAGGGCAACCGCACCACCCCCAGCUAUGUGGCCUUCAACGACACCGAGAGGCUCAUCGGUGAUGCAGCCAAGAACCAGGUGGCAAUGAACCCCGCCAACACCAUCUUUGAUGCCAAGCGGCUCAUCGGGAGGAGGUUUGAUGACCCGACGGUACAUUCCGACAUGAAGCACUGGCCCUUCCAGGUGGUGAGUGAUGCGGGGAAGCCAAAGGUGAAGGUGGAGUACAAGGGGGAGAACAAGACCUUUUACCCAGAGGAAAUCUCCUCCAUGGUGCUGACCAAGAUGAAGGAAAUUGCUGAGGCUUACCUUGGCUACAAUGUCACCAACGCUGUCAUCACCGUUCCUGCUUACUUCAAUGACUCCCAACGCCAGGCAACUAAAGAUGCUGGUGUGAUAGCUGGUCUCAAUGUCCUGCGUGUCAUCAAUGAGCCAACAGCAGCUGCCAUUGCCUAUGGUCUGGACAAGAAAGGCAAAGGGGAGCGUAAUGUUCUCAUCUUUGACCUGGGUGGUGGCACCUUCGAUGUGUCCAUUCUCUCCAUCGAUGACGGUAUCUUUGAAGUGAAAUCAACAGCUGGAGAUACCCACCUGGGAGGAGAGGACUUUGACAACCGCAUGGUCAAUCACUUCAUUGAGGAGUUCAAGCAGAAAUACAAGAAAGACAUCAGCCAGAACAAGAGAGCGGUGAGGAGGCUGCGGACGGCCUGUGAGAGAGCAAAGAGAACGCUGUCUUCCAGCACCCAAGCCAGUAUUGAGAUUGACUCUCUGUUUGAGGGAGUUGAUUUCUAUACCUCAAUCACCAGGGCUCGCUUUGAGGAGCUGAACUCUGACCUGUUCAGGAGCACUCUGGAGCCAGUGGAGAAAGCCCUGAGAGAUGCCAAGCUGGACAAAUCCCAGAUCCAUGAAAUUGUCCUGGUCGGAGGCUCCACCCGAAUCCCCAAGAUCCAGAAGCUGCUGCAAGAUUUCUUCAACGGUAGGGAGCUGAACAAGAGCAUCAACCCCGAUGAGGCCGUGGCCUAUGGGGCAGCUGUCCAGGCGGCCAUUCUGAUGGGCGACAAGUCGGAGAAUGUUCAGGAUCUGCUACUCCUGGAUGUUGCUGCUCUGUCACUGGGGCUGGAGACGGCAGGUGGAGUCAUGACCACCCUUAUCAAGCGUAACACAACGAUCCCCACCAAGCAGACCCAAAUCUUCAGCACCUACUCUGAUAACCAGCCUGGGGUCCUUAUUCAGGUGUUUGAAGGUGAGAGAGCCAUGACCAAGGACAACAACCUUCUGGGCAAGUUUGAGUUGAGUGGCAUCCCUCCCGCUCCUCGUGGCGUACCCCAGAUUGAGGUGACCUUCGAUAUUGACGCCAAUGGCAUUCUCAACGUCUCUGCUGUUGACAAGAGCACCGGGAAAACAAACAAGAUCACCAUCACCAACGACAAGGGCAGGCUGAGUAAGGAGGAAAUUGACAGGAUGGUGCAAGAUGCAGAGAAGUACAAGAAUGAGGAUGAAAUGCAGCGGCAGAAGAUUGCAGCCAAGAACUCCCUGGAGUCCUAUGCCUUCAACAUGAAGGGCUCUGUGGAGGAUGAGAAGAUGGCCGGAAAGAUCAGUGCUGAGGACAAGCGGAAAGUCAUUGACCUGUGCAACCAGACAAUAUCCUGGCUGGAGAAGAAUCAGAUGGCAGAGAAGGAGGAGUUUGAGCACAAGCAAAAAGAGCUGGAAAAACUCUGCAAUCCCAUCAUUGCCAAACUGUACCAAGGAGCAGCCGCAGGGGAAUCGUGCAGGGCACAGGCUGGGAAUGCCAGUUCUGCUGGACCAACUAUUGAGGAGGUGGAUUAAAGGACUGUAAAUGUGACUGUCUGGGGCUUGCACGGUUUGAGCUCUCUGGACACUUCAGUGGGUCUGAUGCUAAUGUUGGCACUUGGGAAUAGUCUUCACUGUAACACCACUGGGUCAUGUCAAUGUCCUGAAUCUGGCUGUGAUGUACUAAUUGUAAACACUGGUAACUAGUUGUAUUCAGUUCCUUUGAUCGGGUUUUUUGUAUUGGGGUAUUUUUUUUUUAAUGUCAUUUGUUUUGGAAUGUAAACUUUGUACAGUUUUAAGUUUCUUGUA